GACACCGAUGACCAGCAGCACUGGAACAGCACCUCUUCCUGUGGUGCUGGGUUUGAGCCUGGACACCGGUGGGCUUUGGCACCAGAAGGCCAUGCAGAGGAGCAGGACCCUGGUCCAAACCUACCUCUUCUCCAGACCCGGGCCCCUGCCACCAAACGCCAGUGGAACAAGGCCGACCAAGGACCCUCUCCGGCUACCCUUUCUGGCCACAGCCCAUGGCCCCCACCAACAGACCAUCCCGGCUCCUCUAAGCUUUAGCGAGCCUCCCUUCUUCACCCUGGGGGAGAGGGCUAUGUUCAAGGGCUUCUCCCGCAACCGCCGCCCAAGUUCCUUACGGAGGCGACUCCCAUCCAUGUCACCCCUGACCUGCGACCUGUCUGAAAAGAGCUACGCCCACAUCUCUCUACAGCAGCACCACCACCAGGCCCAGAGCUGCAUGAGGCCCGUUUACGCCCAUUUCUCCCAACCCAUCCAGUUCAGCAACAAGUCGUCACCAGUGAAGCCUGCUGCCGCCUCCCACAGCCUGACCUGGAGCCCAAAAGGAGCACAUGAAGACCUGCAACCUUUGGUGAUGCAGUAUCGCUAUUGCCCAUCUCAGGGAGAGACUCUGUCUGUCAUCGGGAGGCCGUGCCUUCCAAGCAGUGCUCAACCCUCUGCUCCGCCACCGCCACGCACCCAGCUCCACGUAUUCCUGCCCACGGAGGGGCUGCGGGGAGGGGGGGAGGCAGACAGUGAAUCUGUGGAUGAGGGGUUCAUGGAUGAGCCGGACUGCAAGGUCACUUCUUUGAAAAUCCAACAGGGGACGCCAAAGACUCCUAUGUACCACUGA